UAUCUUCUGUUUCCUUAUUUUUUUUCAGGAAAGCGAAGGGUUGUUGACUUCCUCCCUCUCCCCUCCCUUCCUUCCUUCUUCCCGAAGGUACUCAUCUGAGAAAAAGAGAACGAAGUAUUGUUCCUGUUCUCCUUCUUAAGUCAUUUGAAACACUGUCCCUGCGAGUUCUUUAAGUUCCCCUGCAGUCUGUACACAAGAGAAAGAGGGAGAGAGAGAGAGGGAAAGACAGAGACAGCCAGAGACCAGGUAAAGCGGCGGGGCCGCAGCCUCUCAGCCCUCAGGAGCUGGGACCCUGCCAAAGAUGCAGAAGGCAAUGAAGAUGGUCAAGAAUGAGGAUGGGCCCUUCAACGCAGCCGCAAAGAACGUCCCCUCCUUUCCGCAUUGCCUACAGCCGGAAGCUCCCCGAGGGAAGGUUCCCCAAAGACACCUCUUCCCUGAAGUUCUCCGGGGCCCCUUUUCCCAGUUUCGCUAUGAACCUCCUCCGGGAGACCUUGAUGGAUUCCCCGAGGUCUUCGAGGGAGGAGGGUCCCGGAAACGGAAGAGCAUGCCCACAAAGAUGCCUUACAACCAUCCGGCGGAAGAAGCCGCCAUUGCUGAGGAGAGCAAGAGCCUGGGCCCUCCGAACCUGCCUCUGCUUUUCCCGCAGCCACAGCGCCCUAAGUGCGACUCUCAGAUGAUUGACCUGUGCAAUGUGGGCUUGCAGUUCUACCGCACCCUGGAGCACUUGGGGGGCAAACCCGUCAAGCAGGAGCCGGUGAAGCCCAGCGCCGUGUGGCCCCAGCCGACACCUCCUGCCUUCCUGCCUCCGCCUUUCCCCUACUAUCCCAAAGUCCACCCGGGACUCAUGUUCCCCUUCUUCAUGCCCUCGUCCUCACCCUUCCCUUUCAGCAGGCACGCCUUCCUGCCCAAGCAGCCCUCCGAGCCAGCGUUACCCCGGAAAGUCGAGCCCCUGGAAAGCGAGGAGACCAAGCAGAAGGUGGAAAGGGUGGAUGUGAACGUCCAGAUCGAUGACAGCUACUAUGUGGACGUGGGUGGGGCUCAGAAGCGCUGGCAGUGCCCCACCUGUGACAAGUCCUACACCUCCAAGUACAACCUGGUGACCCACAUCCUGGGCCACAGCGGGAUCAAGCCGCACGCCUGCACCCGCUGUGGGAAGCUCUUCAAGCAGCUCAGCCAUCUGCACACCCACAUGCUGACCCACCAGGGCACGCGGCCCCACAAAUGCCAGGUGUGCCACAAGGCCUUCACCCAGACCAGCCACCUGAAGCGCCACAUGAUGCAGCACAGCGAGGUGAAGCCGCACAACUGUCGCGUGUGCAGUCGGGGCUUUGCCUACCCCAGCGAGCUCAAGGCCCACGAAGCCAAGCAUGCCAGCGGGCGUGAGAACAUUUGCGUGGAGUGCGGCCUCGACUUCCCUACCCUGGCUCAGCUGAAGAGGCAUCUCACCACGCAUCGCGGCCCCAUUCAGUACAACUGCUCCGAGUGCGACAAGACCUUCCAGUACCCGAGCCAGCUGCAGAACCACAUGAUGAAACACAAAGACAUCCGUCCCUACAUCUGCUCCGAGUGCGGCAUGGAGUUCGUGCAGCCCCAUCACCUCAAGCAGCACUCGCUCACCCACAAGGGCGUGAAAGAGCACAAAUGCGGGAUCUGCGGGCGUGAGUUCACCCUGCUGGCCAACAUGAAGAGACACGUGCUGAUCCACACCAACAUCCGCGCCUACCAGUGUCACCUCUGCUACAAGAGCUUCGUGCAGAAGCAGACCCUCAAGGCGCACAUGAUCGUCCACUCUGACGUGAAGCCUUUCAAAUGCAAGCUGUGUGGGAAGGAAUUCAACCGCAUGCACAACCUGAUGGGCCACAUGCACCUGCACUCCGACAGCAAGCCCUUCAAGUGCCUCUACUGCCCGAGCAAGUUCACUCUGAAGGGGAACCUGACGCGCCACAUGAAGGUCAAGCAUGGAGUGAUGGAGCGAGGCCUUCAUGCCCAAGGUCUGGGCAGGGGACGACUCGUCCUGGCGCAGUCCUCUGCUGUCCUGAGGAACCUAGAGCAGGAGGAGCCAUUUGACCUUUCCCAAAAGCGCAACGCAAAGGGGCCAGUGUUCCAGUCCGACGUGGACAGCACACGGAGCUACCUCUGCCAGGAGGAGGAAGAGGAAGAGGAUGGGGACGAGAGCAACAGCUAUGAGGCGGAGUCCUACAGCCCCAGUCUGGCACAGGAGAGCCAGCAACCCUGCGCGCCUGAGGAUCUGUCCACCAAACAGGAGCAGAGCUUCCGGGGCCCCAGGGAAGGACGCAGAGACCAGGAUGCUCUGGAAGAGCAGCCGGAGAAGAGUGGCGAGGACCACGAAGGCAGAGACAUAGACUGCGCCGUCACAGACGAGCCCCUGGGCAGCAGGCUGUUGCAAAGCGGUGGGCAGGGCCCCCCUUUUUCCGAUUACUUAUACUUCAAGCACAGAGAUGAGGGUUUAAAAGAAUUACUGGAGAGGAAAAUGGAAAAACAAGCAGUCCUUUUGGGUGUCUAAGUGGACAGCUUUGAAAUUACAUUUGGAAAAUGAGAUCUAGGCAGUUCAAAUAUAGCUUUCUGCACGAAUUGUCGUUUGCUGGGGACAGGCGAGUGGUGCCCAGUCUUUACAAAUGGCUCAGACUAAACGUGCGGGUGACAUAAAAGCUCCUCAGGUCGUUCCUUGGGCACUUGGCAAUUUCAUACAGGUGCAGGGGCCCCUCAGUGUUAUUUUACACACCACCCACAUGAUGAACAGAGCUCUCCUCUAGAUACCUAACUGCAAGCUGAACCUCAAGGUGCUUCUAGAAACUGUCUUUUUCUAACAUGCAAUAGGGUAAAAUGUCUUUCUAGUUGCAGAACUGUGGUGCUCAUGUUACCUUAGCCAUAACUCUUUAGUUGCAUAUUUGAAGGUUACAAUAUCAUAGACAAAAAUAUUAGCAGUUGUAUAGAAUAAUAGUCUCUAUUAAACAGUAGAAACACAGGCAAUGAUGCAAGAGAUGGUCUUUAGGGGAGGCUGUUCUCAAGGAGUUCCUGCAGAUGUGAGCUAGGGCUUCAGAAGAAGGUAAUCAUUUCGACUGAGCUCUUAGAUGCCUGGUUGGUUGCUCUGUUCUGCCUCAGCUUCACUGGUCAGUGGGAGAUUUGGAGCACCCCCAUCGAUGUCUGGACAAUGCUUGGUGGUCCCAAAUCUUCAGACCAAAUCCCUGCCUCAAGAAGAGCUUCCUCACAGAGAUCAUUGCCACCUCACUCCGAGGCCUCAUGCUCCAAGGAGCAACUGAAAGGCGAGUUGCCACAGUGAGCGGUAGGGCUUGGGCUAUGAAAUGGGGUUCAGGACUUCUCCCUAAAACAAGUUUGACUUAUUUAGGGUAAAUGAAUGAUCACCCACUAAUGCUAUAAGCAGGACCUGAGCUGUGAUCUCAGAGCUUGCUACAUGUGAGACUCAUCCAGAAGAAGCUCUAGAAAACACUGAUGUAGCGAGGCAUGGGAGCGCACAGAUGUAAUCCCAGAAUCCCAGAGCAGGAGAGUUGCCUCAUGUUUGAAAUCAGACUGGGCUACAAAGGAAAAACUUUAAAAAAAAAGGAAGGAAGGAAGGAAGGAAGGAAGGAAGGAAGGAAGGAAGGAAGGAAGGAAGGAAGGAGAAAAAGAAAAAGAAGCAAAAUCCACCCAUGGUGGGGCCUUGCUCUGUUAGGUUCUGGCUUUAACACAUCUGGAGUGCCACCCCCCAGCACUGGGAGUUUCCAGAUCACCUCUAGGUGCCUCUUAAAAAAGCACAGAGUUCUCACAUCCCCCAGUUCUGUGUCUGCUGGGGCGCCUUCCCACUGCCCUUACCUAUUUCUGAUCUUGACUUCAGACUCUCUGAAGAGGACAGGAGACCUGUAACCACAAUGCUGACUUUUGCCUUUGUUCUUAUUCUGUCACCCUCCCAAGGACACACGCAUGCACACGCACACACUGUGGACGUAGAUUUGGCGUGUGUGCACCUGAAGACAAGGCCUGUGAUGUUUGUAGCCCCCAGCGUGUGGAAAGAUACAUGUUGACUCUCGUUCUUGCCCAGGGGCUUGAACUGCUGUGGCAGGGCCUGUGAGCUUUAUGAUGGCUGUGUUGGCCUCUCAGCUGGACCUUCUUAGACCCUGCCACCGUGGGAAGCAGCACUGACAGGACAUUGCAUUCUUGUCGCUGAGUCAUGGUAGGUGCCAGACUGUGCUCGGGUAAAACCCGCCUCUUGGUUGGGAGUGCCAACGUUUUUGGUAAAGCCGGGUUCUAGUGACUGCAUUGCUGCCUCUCCUCCCAAAGUGCCCAGCACAUUCCUUUAGAAGAUCCAGUCUAGCUCCAUCCGGAUGCGGCUUUCCCCAUCAGCCAAGCUGCUUCUCCAUGACCCUCAUCUUUUCACUCCUGUACUCAGAGAACCUCUCACCCAUGUCUCCUGCCAACAUCCUAAAAUUCAUUCUUCUGUCAUGACUGCCGCUGUGAAAAACAAAAGCUUUUGGCGUUUCCUACUCCACCUGUGCAUACCCCGAGGUCACAACAUCUGCAAAAGGAUGGAUGAGGAAGAGAACGGCCUGGGUUUCUAUGGCCACAAGCACCACUCUGGACACAGAGCUGUUACAGGUCUUCAGAUUGGCCAGAUUCCUUCCACGUAGUAUGAAUGAAACUUUUAGGUGCCUUCGGUAAAAGUGCCAAGGAAGCUUCAUUCCGGAACCAAGAGUUGAGGACCUACUAGGUGCUGUGCCUUCUCACAGUUCCACAUGCUUCCAGGUGCUUUCUGGGGAUGUCCUGUUGGAACAGAAGGAGCCAGGAGAAUCUGGAGGAGCAGAAUCUAGUCUAUCCCAAACAAACCCUUUGGGGCUGUUUGAGGAAUCAGUGUGUGUGUGUGUGGGGGGGGGUGGUUUACGAGCAUGUUUUGGAGAGUGGAAAGUCUCAUCACAGGGCCCUCUGGAGCUGCAAGGGAAGGAGAUACCUGGUCCCUAGGUCCUGUCACUCCAGCAGGCUUCCUCUGUGUGGUGUUAGCAUCCUGAUUUCCUGAAGGGAAAAAGAGAGAUCUCGGGAAAGUAACCACAAUGUAGAUUGGCCUAUGCUAAUCCUGGCUCUAGAUUCUAUUUCCAGGUAUAAAAGACUUAGUGGGCUUUAACCAACCCAACACUGAUGCAUAAACAAAGUCAGGCCCAGGUUUCGUGUGUGGAAGAGGCAGUAGCCCCCCUUUACAACUAUUAGCCCAAGGUAUCCCUUCCUUACUUCUCAGAGGCACCCCAGUAUGUUUGAUCAGUUUCCUGACUUUGGAAGAGGUGUGGCUAACCUUGAUCCAUGAUGUGAUUAAUCAGAUAGAAAUCUGAAGUAGGGCUCGUGGGGCCCACCUCAGAAAACCAAAGAAUAACACCAUCCAAGGUCACCAGCACUGCAAAGCCAUGUUCUUUGUCUCAUUGUAGAAUUCUGGAAAUGGAUCAGAGUAGAAUACUUUCCAGGCUUUUGACCAUUGCCACUUUGAACCAACUAACAAUCCAGACAUGUGUCAUAUUUGCCUCUUAUCCUUUUUAUUCAGGUUUAUGAUGGUCCUCUGUAUUGCUUUUGUAUUUCUCUUUCAUUCUAAAAAAAAAAAAAGUGGAUAUUCCUUUGGCCCUGACACUGGAGUCAACUUUUGCUAAGCCAAAAGGAGCUAACGGGUCUAUCUGGAUAUAUGUAGCUGCAAGAGAAAGCUCAUUGUGCAUUCUGUAUUUAUUGAGUCCCAAAUACAGUCAAUAAAAUAUUCACAUUGUGUUUUGAAUUAUGACCUUUGUCUACUUUGCUGAAACAAAAUGUAACCAAGCUAACAUUUGAAAUCCUUCAUAUCUUUGGACAACAUCACACCAAAUGCUUUUUUUAUACAGAAUUUUGGCUUGCCAGUUAAAAACUAAGCCUCCAAGGGUCUAGCACCCCAAGUUGUGAAUAUUGCUUCCUGGAAAU